UAUAAAAUAUCGAUCAAUAUUGCGAGCAGAUCAGAACGCAUUCACCGUCUACCGGUGAACGAGUUAACGUUUCUGCAAUUUCCAAUAGCAAAUAAAAUAUUUCUGUUAAAGUACUGUUACACUAACUUUGAUUUCUUGUAUCUUUUAAUGCCAAAAUUAUAAUUAAUUAGUGAGUUUUACGAAAAAAAGUGAGGAAUAAGUGGUUACAUCGUUGUUACAAGAUAAUAGACGUCGCAAUGGACGCGGAUCCAGUAACGUCAACAUCUUAUCUUUCGAUCGCAACUUUUUCUCUGCUGGCUACGCUGGUCACAGCGUUAAUAGCAGCUUAUUAUUACGUCGAAACCUCUCGAACAAUUCGAAUGAUAAAGAAAAUACCAAAUCCACCAUCCGUACCUAUUUUAGGUCAUACAUUACUAGCUCUCGGAGAGGUUCCCGAAAAUAUAUUGCAAAAAGCUCUUGAUUAUUUUAACAUGUGUGGACAUGUAGUAUCUGCAUAUUUAGGUUCGAAAGCAUUAGUCUUCUUGACAGAACCAGAAGAUAUUGAAAUAAUCUUAAGUAGUUCUGUGCAUAUCGACAAAGCUGAAGAGUAUAAAUUUUUCGAUAUCAUACAUCGAAGACAUUACGAUUUGUCAUUACGAUAUGACGCAUUUUUCAAAUUUACGAAGCUUGCCAAGUAUCAAAAGAAAUUGCUCAAUAUUAUUCAUACACUGACGGAACACGUGAUUAAGGAGAAAGCAAAGGACGUCGAAGAUAAACAUACAAAGGGUCAACAAUUAAAAGAAGAACAAAAUGGUAAAUUAAUGGAAAAUUUGAAUGCGACCGAAAACACGGAAAAUGCCAAAGACAGUUCCGCUAGUCGUAUGCAUUACGUAAGAGAUGAUCUCGAUGACAUCGAUGAGAAUGACAUAGGUGAGAAAAAGCGACUCGCCUUCUUAGAAAUGAUGUUCGAAAUGAAAAAGAAUGGGCAAUGGACUGACGAGGAAAUCUGGGAAGAAGUAAAUACCAUCAUGUUUGAGGGUCAUGAUACCACAGCGGCUGGCUCGAGUUUUGCACUUUGUGUCUUGGGAAAUCAUCCAGAUAUUCAGGCUCGCGUGCACGAAGAAUUGGAUGGAAUUUUUGGCGAUAGCGACAGACAAUGUACAUACCAAGAUACUUUAGAAAUGAAAUAUCUCGAAAGAGUUAUUAUGGAAA